UUUCGUCCUUCUAUAUUAUUCUUCGACUCCUUUCCUUGUUUAUUUUCCUUCUGUUCCAGCAGUUUCUAAGAUUAGGGUUUCUGCAACUCCGGCCGGGCCAUGUCUCCAGCAAUGGCAGUUAUGACAGUUGAGAAUGAGGAGAGCCAGUACCAGAAUGGAGUGAAGCGCUUGUAUGAAAAUGGAAUAAGUAAAGUUCCAAGCAAGUACGUACUCCCCGUAUUGGAGCGACCCAGUAUUACAAAGCAACAGCAAGCAAAUAUACCCCAGAAUAAUCUUAAGCUCCCGAUCAUUGACUUCCAAGAAUUGCAGGGUCCCAAUAGAGCCCAAGUCCUACAGUCGCUCGCCAAUGCUUGUGAAAAUUUCGGCUUCUUUCAGCUGGUAAACCAUGGCAUUCGGAGCGAUGUUGUAAGCAAUAUGAUUCAAGUGGGCACAGAGUUCUUUGAUCUCCCAUUUGAAGAGAGAGCCAAGUACAUGUCCUCUGAUAUGCGAGCUCCUGUUCGUUACGGGACUAGCUUUAACCAGACCAAGGAUAAGGUGUUUUGUUGGAGGGACUUCUUGAAGCUAAUAUGCCACCCUCUACCAGACGUUCUUCCUCACUGGCCUUCUUCACCGGUCGACAUGAGGAAUUUGGCGGCUACCUACGCAAAAGAAACCAAGCAUUUAUUCCUAAUGCUAAUGGAGGCCAUCUUUGAGACCUUAGGACUUGUGGAUUCAUCAGCUGCCAAGAAGAACAUGACAGAAGAAGAUGAGGUGUUGAAAGAAUUCGAAAAUGGAAGCCAGCUAAUGGUUGUCAAUUGCUACCCGCCAUGCCCAGAACCUGAUCUAACCCUAGGGAUGCCUCCUCACUCUGACUAUGGAUUUCUCACACUGCUCCUCCAAGAUGAGGUAGAAGGACUUCAGAUUCAAUUCCAAGAUAAAUGGGUCACCGUCGACCCAAUAUCUAACUCUUUCGUUGUCAACAUCGGUGAUCAUCUUGAGAUAUUUAGCAACGGAAAAUACAAGAGUGUUCUACACAGAGUCCUGGUGAACUCCAGAAAAAACAGGAUUUCAGUGGCUUCUCUACACAGUCUUCCUUUCAUGCGUUCCGUUGGGCCAUCCCCAAAACUUGUGGACGAAUCAAAUCCAAGGCGAUACAAAGAAACCAAUUUUGCCAGCUUUCUAGAGUAUAUUUCUUCCCGUGAGCCUAAGAAGAAGAAUUUCCUCGAGUCCAGGAAAUUGACUUGACGAUUGAAAAAAGGCAAUACUGUGCAUGGAGCUAGCUACCAACAACUUGGAAAUCAGAUCGUUGACCUUCUACAGGCUCAAUUAUAUGUAGCAAUGAUUUGUGAGAAUUGUAUCUUCAAUUCUAUUUUGAUUUUUGGGGAGGGAAUGAGAAUCAAACCCAAACCUUUACGUAGCUCGAUCAAGGCAUAGGCUUCGUAACUUUGCAAAUACUACAUAUUCAUGAAUAUAUGAUAAUCAGGGUCCUUCUGUCCUUCCAUAA